GAGCGGCGGCACUGAUUAGCAAGGCAAAGUGUGGAGUUUUCAGCGACCGUCAGCGAGCUGCGAAGGACUGCUCUUUUAAAUGACGUCCAACAGCGGCGAACACGCACGGAUGAUACAAACGAAACGAGAGCAACGCAAGUAGUCCGCGCGGACUUGAAUUUCGAGGAGUUGUUCGGAGCCGAGCGGCGGGAGAGGGAGCAGGAACACCCCAAUUAAUUCAAUGGGAAUGCAGGGAAUUAAAUAGAGACGUAGGUAUUUAGUGCGCCUGCGGGUGUUUGUGGCUCUGCAAACCCAUCCUGAGCCCGGACGGAAAACUUGAGCCCCACUUACAAUUGACUUCAGCGGUCACGUCUGGAGAGGUGAUGUCUUGACUCGGCGGUCUCUCCAGCCCAGUAAAGACGUGCCACUGCCGGGGGCUGCUGCUCAUGGGAACUCCUGCUCCGCCAUGAGUGCUCGUGAUGGCGUUGGUGGAAUGGGCACCUUGGGCCGGCGGCCGCGCUUCGAGAACUCCGAGUUCACCCUGCGCAUCUACCCAGGCGCCCUGGCCGAGGGCACCAUCUACUGCCCGAUCAGCGCCCGCAAGACCACCACCGCCGCCGAGGCCAUCGAGCGCGCCAUCGAGCGCCUGCAGCUGGACCGCACCAAGUGCUACAUCCUGGCCGAGGUGAAGGAGUUCGGCGGGGAGGAAUGGGUGCUGAACCCCUGCGACUGCCCCGUGCAGAGGAUGAUGCUCUGGCCCCGCGUGGCGUUGGAGCAGCGCACGCUGUUCGGCGGCGAGGAUUACCGCUUCCUGCUCCGGCUGAAGAACCUGGACGGCUCGAUCCACUACGGCGGCAGCCUCCAGAUGUGGCUGCAGGUCACGGAGGAGCGGCGGCGCAUGGUGGAGCGCGGACUGCUGCCGCAGCCCCAUCCUCAGGGGGACCACGCCGACCUGUGCCACCUGCCGGAGCUCAACGAGCGCUCGCUGCUGGACAACCUGCGCUCGCGCUUCCGCCAGGAGAAGAUCUACACGUACGUCGGAAGCAUCCUCAUCGUCAUCAACCCGUUCAAGUUCCUGCCCAUCUACAACCCCAAGUAUGUGAAGCUGUACGACAAUCACGCGCUGGGCAAUUUGGAGCCGCACAUUUACGCCGUGGCGGACGUGGCGUACCACGCCAUGCUGCAGAGGGAGAGGAACCAGUGCAUCGUUAUAUCGGGGGAGAGCGGCUCUGGGAAGACGCAAAGCACCAACUUCCUCAUUCACCACCUGACCGCCCUCAGCCAGAAGGGGUUUGCCAGCGGAGUGGAGCAGAUCAUCUUGGGGGCCGGGCCGGUGCUAGAGGCAUUUGGGAACGCAAAGACGGCCCACAAUAACAACUCGAGUCGCUUUGGGAAGUUCAUUCAGGUGAACUACCAGGAGAGCGGAACCGUGAGAGGAGCAUAUGUGGAGAAAUACCUGCUGGAGAAGUCGAGGCUGGUGUAUCAGGAGCACAAUGAGCGAAACUACCACGUGUUUUACUACCUGCUGGCAGGAGCGAGUGAAGAAGAGAGGGAAGCCUUUCAUCUCAUGAAGCCUGAAGAAUACCAUUACCUCAGACAGAUGACAAAGUCUACCCGCCAACUGCACUGGGACAGUUACUGUGAGAGUGAAGCGGACUGCUUCACAGUCGAGGGAGAAGACCUGAAGCAUGACUUCGAGAGGCUGCAGCUGGCCAUGGAGAUGGUGGGCUUUCUUCCCUCCACACGCAAAAAGAUCUUCUGCCUGCUGUCGGCCAUCCUUCACCUGGGCAACAUCCGCUACAAGAGGAAGACGUACAGGGACGACUCCAUCGACAUUUGUAACCCCGAGGUGCUGCCCGUCGUCUCCGAACUGCUGGAGGUCAAAGAAGAGAUGCUGUUCGAAGCUCUGACAACCCGGAAGACGGUGACCGUCGGAGAGAAGCUGAUUGUUCCGUACAAACUUUCCGAGGCGGGCACGGUGCGAGACUCCAUGGCCAAGUCCCUGUACAGUGCUCUGUUUGACUGGAUCGUCUUCAGGAUCAACCACGCCCUGCUCAACAUCAAGGACCUGGAGGAGACCACCAAGAUCUUGUCCAUCGGCGUGCUCGACAUUUUCGGGUUCGAGGAUUUCGAGAACAACAGCUUCGAGCAGUUCUGCAUCAACUUUGCCAACGAGCGUCUCCAGCACUACUUCAACCAGCACAUCUUCAAGCUCGAACAGGAGGAGUACAGGGCGGAGGACAUCAGCUGGCACAACAUCGACUACAUCGACAACACGGGCUGCAUCAACCUGAUCAGCAAGAAGCCCACGGCUCUGUUCCACCUCCUGGACGAAGAGUGCAAUUUCCCUCAAGCCACCAACCAGACUCUGUUGGAUAAAUUCAAGCGGCAGCACGAGGGGAACAGCUACAUCGAGUUCCCCGCUGUCAUGGAGCCCGCCUUCAUUAUCUGCCACUAUGCUGGCAAGGUCAAGUACGGGGUCAAGGAUUUCAGGGAGAAGAACACGGACCACAUGCGUUCGGACGUCGUCGCUCUGCUGAAGAGCAGCAAGAACGCCUUCAUCUGCGGGCUGAUGGGCAUCGACCCGUCGGCCACUUUCCGCUGGGCGGUACUCCGAGCCUACUUCAGGGCCCUGGUGGCUUUCAGAGAGGCCGGCAAGAGGCACACGCAGAAGAAGACCGGGCAUGAUGACGCUGCUCCCUGUGCAGUUUUGAAAAGUGUGGAUAGUUUUAGUUUUCUGCAGCACCCUGUGCAUCAGAGAAGCUUAGAGAUCCUGCAGAGAUGCAAAGAGGAGAAGUACAGUGUGACCAGAAAGAGUCCUCGUACGCCACUGUCGGACCUCCAUGGAAGCAACACCAUCAACGAGAAAUCCCCACGGAGUUCUCCGGGCCUCGGCUGGAACGGGCGUGUGGGUCGACUGAGCCGCCUGUCGUGCGGCAGCGCCACCACAGAUGAAGGCGGCAUCUUCGUCAACUCUGCAAGCAGCAAACUCCUGGAGCGAGCCCACGACAUCCUCAUGAGGAACAAAAAUUACAAAUCCAAGCCGGUUCUACCGAAGCAUCUGCUGAACGUCAAGUCCCUGAAGUACCUCAGCAACCUGACGCUCCACGACCGCAUCACCAAGUCGCUGCUUCACCUCCACAAGAAGAAGAAACCACCCAGUAUCAGCGCACAGUUCCAGGCCUCCCUCUAUAAGCUGAUGGAGACUCUGGGUCAGUCUGAGCCGUAUUUUGUCAAGUGCAUCCGUUCCAAUGCUGACAAGCUGCCUCUACGGUUUAAUGACAACCUGGUGCUGAGGCAGCUGCGCUACACGGGGAUGCUGGAGACCGUGCGCAUCCGACAGUCGGGCUACAACAUCAAGUACAGCUUCAAGGAUUUUGUCCACCACUUCAGCGUGCUGCUCCCGGAGGGCACCAGGGCCACCAGAGACAGCAUCCAGCAGUGUCUGGACCAGCUAGACCUCCAACCAGAUGGGUCCCAAGUGGGGAAGACGACGGUGUUCUUCCGGGAGGCUGAGCGCCAGCGGCUGCAGGCCGUUCUCCACACCGAAGUUCUCAGACGCAUCGUCGCGCUGCAGCGGCGCUUCAGAGCUCUACGGGAGAGAAAGCAGUUUGUCAGAAUGAGAGAGGCAGCGCUCUGCAUCCAGAAAUGGUGGCGUUUGUACCGGCCCAUAGACGAGGAGGAGGAGGAGGAGGAGGAGGAGGAGGAGGAGGAGGAGGAGGAGGAGGACUAUGCCCCUCGCGUCCAGGAGGGGGCGGCAUUGUGUUUGCAGACGCACUGGCGAGGUCACAGGGAGCGUCAGCGGCUCAGGCUGUGGAGGACGGCCGCCGUGGUGCUGCAGAGGGCGUGGAGGUCAUGGCUGUCCCGGCGCGGCACGGCGGCUCUGGUCGUCCAGACGGCGUGGCGCUGUCACCGAGCCAGAGACGCCUACUUGCGUCGGUACGGCGCUGCGGUGCGACUCCAGGCCGUGAGCAGAGGCUUCCUGGCCAGGCAGAGCUUUAAAGAACUGAGAGAUCAGAGAUCGAGGGAGGAGGAGAAGGAGCAGCAGGAGAAGCUACAGAAUGGCCAGGUGAUUCUCUCGCCAGAAGAAGAAGAAGAGCAGCAGCCGCCUGAGAGGAUCUUGGGGUUGGACCUCGGCACGUGGGAGGAUCGCUCCUACGAGCAGCGAGAGAGGAGCCUCCAAAUCCUCAGCAGCCACGAGGGAGCCGCCAAAGAGGAAGGAGAAGGACGAGAACACGCCGGGACACGAGACGGCCCCUCUAAGGCGCAGACCGACGCCUCGGACUCCAUCCUGACGUCCACCGUGGUGGUGCGAGAGAGGUCCAGAACUUUAGAUGAGCCCAGCCAGAAAACCACCCGGGCCAAGAGAGAGAGCCGGCGGAUGAGAGAGCUGGAGCAGGCCAAGUUCAGCCUGGACCUCCUCAAGGUCCGGGCUACCUCCACCGGCGGCGGCGGCGGGGCCUCGUCCCCGUCCGAGGAUCGGCGCUGGUCCGUGGAGCUGGUCCACCCGGCGACGCCGCCCCCUCGUUCCCCUCAGGGCACGCCCGACAGCCACAGCUCCAAAGGCAGCUUUGAGAUUCUCAUCGCGGACGACGAGGCGCCGGCGGCUGCGGAAGAGGUGGCGGACGGUGAGGACCGCUGCUCCUCUCUUCCUUCGGUAGCGCCUGAGCCCGGCGCGGAGGCUGGUUCCUCGAGCCCGAAGCCACUGGAGCCACACGGGACCGAUGCCGCCGCCCGCCAAGACGGACAGCGCCGGACCAAAAUGGACCCGGCGGCCCCCUCCGCCCCCACGCAUCCGCCCAACAUCGAGAGCUACCUCCCGACCUUUUACGUCCCUGCCGGCAAGGCCGGCGCAGACGCCUCCCGUCGUCCUGCCGAAGAGCCCAAACAAAACAAAGAGGCGGCCGUCUCCACCGGCACCGCGGUCACCAAGCUCCUCGUGGAGAGGCGGGAGUCGCCACGGCGGCCCGUGGUGGUGGUCAUCAGCAUGCAGAAAGAAGCGCCGCUGAGCCCAGAGCUGAGCGACAUCGUCCGUCCCGCCGCAGAGGCGCGAGACGCUGGGGCGCUCGACCCGGCCCUCGUCUCUGCGUCCGUCCCGCGGGUCGACCAGGCCGUCAUCGAGAAGCUGGUGCGGCUGAACGAGGAGAAGGAGGUGAGGCAGCGUCAUCAGCAGCAGCAGAACGAGAAGGAGAUGAUGGAGCAGAUCAGACAGCAGAAGGAGGCGCUGGGGCAGCAGCGGUCCUUCUUCGCUCGGUACGAGAAAGACAUGUUCGAGAAGCAAAGAGGAGACGUGCUGCACAGGAUACAGCAGAGUCGACACGCCGCGCCGCCCCGUCGGCCCAGCUCCCUGCUCAUCGAGGGAACGGCGGCGGACGCUCCUCACGCCAGAACGCAGUCGGACUCCACGGCCCCGUCGGCGCACUCUCCUCCGGCCGCCGCCCCUCACGCUCACCUGCCCCCUCCGCCCGCCUCCAUCACCAGAGAAAGACGCAAGGAGAGACGGCGUGACGCCGAGGGCUGGGCGCCCAAGCUCACGCUGGAGUCCAAAGAUGGAGGAGCGAGAGCGUCGACGAGGGCGUCGACCAAGAAGACGCCGAGCGAUCCAGGCAGCGCCACGAGUUUGACGGACACGCCAAACAUCUUCUUCUCCCCAAAGGACAAAGUCACUUUUACCAACAGGUUUGACCGCGAAGCCGCCAGAGAGACGCCAGCAGCCGUCCCCAGAGCCCCGUCCCCCGUCUCCAAGCCCUCUAAAGGGGCGAAAACACGGGAUGUCGGAAGAGUGGGCCAAAAAAAGAAAGCCAGAAUGGCACGAACCCGCUCCGACUUCCUCACCCGAGCCCUCUCAGUCGGGGGCGAUUCAGAAGAGGACGACUAUGAAGGCGGCGACGGCGGCCCCCGCCAUUACAGUCUGCCCAUCUCCAAGCAGGGCGCCACGGACGCGGGCCUAACAAAGUCCUGUUUCAGUGACUCCGACAUGCCCGCGAGCUCCGAGGAGCAAAAGAAGUUACACAAAGCCAUGUCGUCAGGAGAUUUGGUCAAACAGGACUCCAUACGCAAGACCUCUCAAGAUGGAAGUCUGAUCAGGGGUCGUAGGAUACGUUUCUGGAGCAAGACAAAGUAUGGGGAGAAGAAGACGUCCAGAGAGAAGCUGAUCUGUGGGUCCGAUUCCCUGGACGGAGACGAUGGGGACACCGGGCCGCUGCUGGGAGACGGUCAGGAGAACAUGUCGCCGCCAUGCAGCCCGGACCUGAUGUCGGACCGCGUGUUCAGAGAGUUGAAGGAGAACAAAGAGCCGUCUCCCAAGGUGAAGCGGCGGCGCAGCGUGAAGAUCAGCAGCGCGGCUCUGGAGCCCGCCCAGUGGCAGAACGACGCGCUGCAGAUCCUCACCUGCACCAACGACUACAGGAGCAUGAACGACUUCCUCAUGAAGAAGAUCAACGACUUGGACACCGAGGACGGGAAGAAGGACACCAUGGUGGACGUCGUGUUUAAAAAGGCGUUGAAGGAAUUCCGGCUGAACAUCUUCAACUCGUACUCCACGGCUCUGGCUAUGGAUGAUGGGAAGAGUAUUCGCUACAAAGACCUGUACGCUCUGUUUGAGGACAUCUUGGAGAAGACCAUGCGGCAGGAGCAGAGGGACUGGAGGGAGACUCCGGUCACGGUGUGGGUCAACACCUUCAAGGUCUUCCUGGAUGAGUUCAUGACGGAGUACAAACCUCUCGACAGCACACUCGGCAAGCAGUUGCCUAAACCUGAAAGCAAAAAACGGAGGAAAAAGGACACUGACAUUGUGGAGGAACACAACGGCCACAUCUUCAAGUCCACCCAGUACAGCAUCCCCACGUACUGUGAAUACUGCUCGUCACUCAUCUGGAUGAUGGACCGCGCCUGUGUGUGCAAAUUGUGCCGCUACGCCUGCCACAGAAAGUGCUGCCUGAAGACGACCACCAAAUGCAGCAAGAAGUUUGAUCCGGAGCUUUCCUCCAGACAGUUCUGCGUGGAGGUUUCUCGUCUGACGAACGACGAGAGGAUGGUGCCCCUGGUGGUGGAGAAGCUCAUCAACUACAUUGAGAUGCACGGCCUCUACACUGAAGGGAUGUACAGAAAACCGGGCUCCACCAACAAGAUCAAGGAACUCAAGCUGGGACUCGACACAGAUGUUGAUAACGUGAGUCUGGACGACUACAACAUCCACGUUAUCGCGAGCGUGUUCAAGCAGUGGCUGAGAGACCUGCCCAAUCCCCUGAUGACGUUUGAGCUGUACGAGGAGUUUAUACGUGGCAUGGCUUUGCAGGAUAAAAAGGAAACGAUCAGAGGGGUGUACGCCGUUAUUGACCAGCUCAGCAGAACUCACCUCAGCACUCUUGAACGCCUCAUAUUUCAUCUCGUCAGCAUCGCCUUACAAGAGGACACAAACCGCAUGUCGGCUAACGCCCUCGCUAUAGUGUUUGCUCCCUGUAUCCUGCGCUGCCCCGACACCAUCGAUCCACUGCAGAGCGUCCAGGACAUCGGGAAGACGACUGCGUGUGUAGAACUCAUCAUUUGUGAACAGAUGAAUAAGUACACAGUUCGGCUAAAGGACAUCAGCAGCCUGGAGUUUGCAGAGAAUAAGGCCAAGUGCAGACUGACCGCCCUUCGACAGUCGAUGGGGAAAAGCCACGUGCAUCGACUGAGCUACCACGCGCCCUCGCCGCCGGUCAGUCCGCGGCUGCCGUCCGUGGCCGAACCCGCGACGGAAAGGAGCGGCAGCGAAGACGGAGACGACUCGUUUGCCAAAAUCUCGGAGCAUGAGCAGGCGGCCAUGCUGCAGGAGGAGAGGGUGCUGACGGAGCAGAUCGAAAGCCUGCAGAAAGAGAAAGAGGAGUUGACUUUUGAGAUGUUGACUCUGGAGCCACGAGCAUCGGACGAUGAGACCCUCGAGUCGGAGGCUUCCAUCGGUACAGCCGACAGCUCUGAAAACCUGAACGUGGACUCCGAGGGAACCAUUUCUGACUUCUCUGAGAGAGGUCCCGUGCUGACUUCCCCCUGGCCGCGGAGGUCUGACAUGACAGGCCCCCGACGCCGCGCGCUCCGCCGGCAGCCGGACUCUGUGGACUCUUGCUCCAGUGUUUCCUCCUACUCUUCAUUAUCACACUUCCACCCAUCGUCCUCUUCCUCCUCCGCCAGCACCCGCCGUUUAAAUUUCCACUCAAAGUCUUCCACGUCGGGCUCAAGUCUGGCCCAGGCCCCGCCUCUGAAUGCACCGCAAGCCUCCCGAUCCGACAGCACAGACAGUGGCCCCGCAGGAGAUCAGGAGGGAGGGUACGACGAAAGGCCCCAGUUUACAAGCAGAGGCACCUUCAAUCCGGAAAAGGGCAAACAGAAACUUAAAGGGGCCAAGCUUCCCGCCCAGAGGCACUCCAGAGAAGGCCGCGGGCCCGGCAGGGACCCUCCAGACAUACCACAGCACCUGGUAUUGUAUGGCAGCAAUGAAUUCAUGGUAUGAAGGACUCUGGGACACCAACGCACUCCCUAUCCGACUCCCUGGCAGACGUAUUGGUUCCCACAGGGAAGUGACUGACCUCCACUCCUCAAAGCACUCCUGCUUAGCCUUUGUCUGAAAAAAAUAAAAUGUCAGAAAAUGUCCCCAAGUGCCGUGUACAGUGUUUCCACCUCCGGGGGGGGGGGGGGGGGGGGAGGGGAGGGGAUCAGGGGAAAGCAUCCUCUUAUGUGGACUAAACUGCCACCCCAUGCUCUCACAGUGCCUCCGCAGCAGAGGACGUCGGAAACAGGCGUGGAGACCACCAAGCAUCAGGGAACGCCACGGAGCUGGAAAGCAGCAGACAUUCAGGACACGAGGAGAAAGCCGGCAAAACAUCAGGCGUCACUGUGAACGCAAAGCUCACAAUUAUUAGCUGCUUUCUGAGUUUACAGUUCAUAACAAUCAGUGUAAGCAGUUGUUGAUCUGUUACUUUAUUUUCCCCCUUAUUUAAAUAAUUUUAAUGGCAAAGAAAUUCUUUAUGGCAUAAUAUACAGGUAUACAUGCUGUACAAAGCCGGAACACCAGCCUCUGCUGGGUAGGGUAGUUGAAGUCAAAUAUUUAUCUUUUUUUUCUUUUCUUGAGUAUCUUGGACGGAGAUGUACGGAUUUGGGAGGUGGUUGAUUUAUGUUUGUUUAUGUGUGUGUGUGUGCCGAGCGCUUAUGCAGCUUGACUGUACGUGUGUGCGAGAAAGAGAACAAACACUUUGUGUGUUGUGAGUUUGUGCUGCUUUUUCCCCCCAACAAGGGAAAUAACGCCAUCAAAGGGACCAAGUCAGCUGGUGUUUGUUAUUCCAGCCAAAGGGGAUCCCAGCUCUGUGAAAAUGUCGGAUGUGUAUAAAAUCCAUGCAUUCACUGCUUAACAGCCAUGCUACAAUUGUACAGUAAAGUUCAUAUGUACAGUAGAGUGGACAAAUGCCAUUCUAUUCUUGAAACCUAUUGUUACCCCCCACCUCCUGUCUCCUGUAAAGUGUUUGCUCAAUAGCAACCAAGAAAGAACAUAAAAUCAGUAUGUCUUUUGUUUUUA